CCAUCGUCCAUCCCACUGUUGUUAGGGGCCUCUGCUGGCAAACUGCGUCACCGAGUGGGCGCUGCAGGUAUUCAUCUCUAAAUCUGCAGUUUGGGAAGUCUAGCCAUGGCACGAAUGACCUGGAAACCAAAGUGACUGAACUUUUAAAUCACCAUGGCGGCAGAGGCUAAUUCAAACUCCAAGACCCACCAAGAACUGAAACACCCAUCUGUAUCCAACGCUCAGUGUGAACUGCCCGUGAAUAUGUAUGAGGCCAUGGGUGAAGGAAAUGUCAAUCUUGUGGACUCAGUAGGGAGAGGCGUGAGUGACCCCAGUGCAUCCAGUUAUCAGAGGAAUGUGCAUCAGAGAUUCAUCAGGAGAAGUCUAUGGUUCUCGGACGCAGAUGAGCAGGCCUUUGAAGCACCUGAAUGCGAUAACAGGAAUAAGAUCCUAAACAUUAACCUGCGGACAAUAGUGGACAGGACACGGGGGACGAGUUGUGGGAUACAGGAAGGUUCCAGCACUGAAAGUCAAGGUGGGCAAAAAGACAGUGCAACAGAGAGCGCCAGUGCCGAUGACGAGAAGGAGAAAGGUGGCGAUUCGUUAAAUCCUACAUGCAAUGGUGGGAGUAAAGCCGCUAUCAAGGCAUCCAGUGAGGAGAAUGAGGAGGAGGCGGAGGUGAAAGCAGUCUCCACAUCUCCAGGAGGAAGAUUCCUCAAAUUUGACAUAGAACUGGGGAGAGGGUCCUUCAAGACGGUCUACAAGGGCCUGGAUACUGAGACCUGGGUGGAAGUUGCCUGGUGUGAGCUGCAGGAUCGCAAGCUGUCGAAAGUGGAACGUCAGCGCUUUAAGGAGGAGGCAGAGAUGUUGAAGGGUCUUCAACAUCCCAACAUUGUCCGUUUCUAUGACUUUUGGGAGUCACCCCUUAAAGGGAAGAAGUGCAUUGUUUUAGUAACGGAGCUCAUGACGUCAGGAACGCUAAAAACCUAUCUGAAGCGUUUCAAAGUAAUGAAGCCAAAGGUGCUGAGGAGCUGGUGCAGGCAGAUCCUGAAAGGCCUUCACUUUCUCCACACCAGGACCCCUCCCAUCAUCCACAGGGACCUCAAAUGUGACAACAUCUUUAUCACUGGACCCACGGGCUCGGUCAAAAUAGGGGAUUUAGGACUGGCAACCCUCAAGGCGGCUUCCUUUGCUAAGAGCGUCAUAGGCACCCCAGAGUUCAUGGCUCCAGAGAUGUACGAGGAACACUACGACGAGGCUGUGGAUGUCUACGCCUUUGGCAUGUGUAUGCUAGAGAUGGCCACCUCGGAGUAUCCCUACUCCGAGUGUCAGAAUGCUGCUCAGAUAUACCGCAAAGUCACAAGUGGAGUGAAGCCAGCCAGCUACAACAAGGUCGUGGAUCCUGAAAUAAAGGAGAUUAUUGGAGAGUGUAUCUGCCAAAAGAAAGAGGAGCGGUACACCAUCAAGGAGCUGUUGAACCAUGCUUUCUUUGCUGAGGACACGGGCGUUAGGGUGGAACUAGCUGAGGAGGAUGAUGGAAAAAAGGACUCGAUAGCCCUCAAACUGUGGGUGGAGGACCACAAGAAGUUAAAAGGGAAGUACAAGGAGAGUGGUGCCAUCGAGUUCACGUUUGACCUGGAAAAGGAGGUCCCUGAGGUUGUGGCACAAGAGAUGGUGGAGUCUGGCUUCUUCCAUGAGAGUGAUGCUAAGACUGUGGGAAAGUCGAUCAGGGACCGUGUGGCACUGAUCAAAUGGAGGAGAGAGAGAACAGUGUCUGCUGCAGUUGCAGUGGAUCUAGCGGAAGCGGGUCACAGGGUCCAGAUGACACCAUCUCAGGGCAUCACUGCUGGGGCUGCACAUGUAGGACAGACUUUCCUGGAACCAGAAGAGCCAGAGGCAGACCAGCACAACAGGCUGCACAACCUACCUGCCAGUGCCACCUCAGUGACAUCAGACAGCACACUUGAUAGUGGCAUGGGCUCCACUGUGUACUCAGACUCCCACAGCAGCCAGCAGAGUGUCCUCUACCAGUCCCUGUUAGAGCCUAUUACUAUGGCAACACAGCAGUGCCAGAGCAGUAGCCCUUUUCUAACAGAUCGACCCCACUCCUGUGAAAAGGGUCAAGUAUGGGGGGCAACGUUGAGCCCAGAGCUCAGGACUCGUUUGGGAGCUACAACCCGGAGAGGAAGUGCCCCCGUUAUUGACACUUACAGGGCAAACCAGAUUGCCCAGCUCCAUGCCCUCAUUCAGUCGCAGAGAUCAAUCAGCCCCACCCCCACAGUACCAGAGAACCAGUUGGAACUCGGCCCCCCUGAGCUUCACUCAGAGGCUAAGGAUGGCUUCCCCUCCCAGAAUGCUCUGCCAGUACUUUCUGUCUCUUCCCCCUCUGAGUUACGCCGCUUUAGUGACACCAGCAUCAGACUGCUCUCGCAGGCCCCCAGUGAGAACUUAACACUGCCGAUGCCAAGCGGACGCAGACACUCCGACCUCAGUAGCCUUCUGAGUCUUACCUCUCAUCAUAACCACCAGUUUGCGCUGCAUAGAGGCCACGUAUGCCAGGCAUGCCUCUCUUUGCUUCUUCUACGGUCACGAGAAGGGAGCCACCGCUGUCCUUCUGUUGCCAUGCCAACACAACACUGUCCAUGUGACUUUAGACAAAACCCGUUCCCUGGUGGAACAAUGACCACCCUUGGUUAUGGACGGCUGAAAGGGUUGAGUGAUUGUUCCAAUUUCUCACUGCUACAGCAGUCCCUGUUCAAUAUAAUCAGCCGCAAAGCAGCCCCGUGUCCCACCACACCCACCCAAGCGUCCCUUCUGCACUCCGCAGCUGCCCACAGGCCUGCCCGCAGUGAUGGAGACGGCAGCCUGAAGCGUCAUCUCCUGAGUCGCAGUUUGGUUGGGGACCAAGAAUCCCUCGAGGACUGCAAAGAUAGAUUCUGUGCCAGAGAGCAGCAAGUUACCAGGGCUUUGGGAGUGGCCAGUUCAGCGGGUCACCAGAAUCAACCAUCUGUACAGGGCCUGCCUUCUUCCAGCACAGCAGUGCACACACCACUGCAGUACCUCCAGCCUGGACACAGUUACCCUGCUGCUCCGUAUGCUGGCCAACACAAUGCUGCAACACCACCUCCAGCUAGUCUGUGCUCCGUCAACUUCCAACAUACAGUCAAUGCUGCUAACUAUACACCUCCAAGUGUGCAACAGACUCAAGUUGCAGCAAAUAUUUCUGCAUCAGCUGUGCCACAACAUGUUACACAAAACUACCAAGCACCAGGACACCACCACCAACAGCAGCAAGCAGCAGCAGCAGCAGCAGCAGCAGCAGCAGCAGCAGCAGGCUCUUUGACUUUUCCCUUGAAAGUCCAACAAACUUGUCAGAACUGUGCGGCCCAACCUCAACAACAGGCUCACUCUGCAUCAGGAUAUCCUUCUCCAGUGCAGCAACAGACUGCUGCAGCAGCAGCCACCCUGCCAGCACAGCAGCCAGCACAAGGCUACACUCUUACAUCUGUAGCCCCAACUAUGGCAGCCAUGGCCCAGUGUCAUCCUACACAAGUUCCCAGCGCACGGCAACAAGUCAAACUGCCAAGUCAGCAGCCUGGUCAGAGCUCCUCCACACCAGCACUUUACAGCCAACAGAUACCAAUUCAGCAAGAGCACCAACUAAAUACUCAGUGCAAUAUACAACUAACGCAACAUGCUGGCCAGGCUUAUAUUCAGCCCCAAGUCCAGCACGGCCAAGAAAAUCUGCAUACUAUACAUCAACAAAUGGCGCAACAGCCUACCCACCUUUCUCAAAGUCAUCAGUCUGGUCAGCAACAAGUACACACAGCAACUCUACAGAAGCACAGUCUGGAAGCCAUGCAGACAGCAGGUCCACAACAGAGCCAGGACCUAUCUCAGUCCACAGUCCAUCAGGUUCAGACCCCAGCUUCUCAACUUCAUCCGACAGCAGCCCCAGUUGUGCAGGUUGCAGCCACACACCAGAGUUACCCUGCUGCUGGUCUACCUGAUGCUGCCUGUCAGAGCUACGCACACUCUGCCCUCAGCGCGCUGCAGCAACAGCCUGCUCCAGCUCAGAGCCAGUACCUGUCUGCACAGUCUUCAGCUGCUUCACAGACCUACGGAGGACAACAGUUUCAACCCCAUCUUUGCUUCGCUGCUUUCCUGAACCAGAACAUUCCUGGUGGUCAAAGCAUUUCACAGCUUGGACAAGAUGGUCUGAGUCUCAGCCAGGCGUCUUCAAGUGUGCCAGCCCAAGCACUGCCUCCUCAACAGUCAAUGGGUCAGGCUACUGUCCACCAACAACUCCAACCUCUGCAUAGUUCAAACUCUCGACCACAUCCAUCCCAGUUUCCUUCACAGUAUCCCACAAUCCAGGUGAUGACAUCUGUGACUGACUGUGAAUCCUCUUACCCUCCCCCCUGCACUGCCCCUCACCCUUCAGCCUCCUCUUCGCUUAAUCACAUCUUCCUUUCUCCUGGACAGACUGUCCCUGUGACCCCCUCUGUCUCCCCCCUUUCUUCUCUGCGCAUUGACAACAUGUUAGUUUCACCCAUUCCAGUGUCCUUCAUACCUUCCCCCUCACUCGUGCUGGGUAAGGUGGGACCCACAUCCCCACAGCACCAGCCCACCGCUAUUCUGCAGCAGAGUGUUAGAUCUGAAGCUUCUCAUUCACAACCCGCAUUUAUAUCGGCACCAACCACCCACCCCAUACACACACACACUGCCCUGUGCCAGAACACACACCCUCCCACAAAUGGCAGCACUCAGCCUCUGAUACAGCAGGUUCCCCAACAGGCACCGGUCAGCCAUCCUGAGCUUGUCCCCUCUGCUCAGCUCACACAACCUGCAGUCUUUCCCUCACCUUUGCAGAAUGGGUCAGACCCGGGCACAGUCACCACUGCUGCCCAGCUGGACAGCAAGAUCCCAUGCCAGCUGGCCCCGCAGGCCCAGAGUCAUGUUCAGAGCCAGAAUCCUGUGCUGCAGCCCUCUGACUCUCAGAGAGCGUCAUCUGGGUCUGCCAGUUCCAGUCUGACUCAGCAAAAACAACUCUGUAGUCUCACCGGAGCUGCAGGUCAGGGUCCAGCAGAGACCAACACGGAGGAUCCAGCCUCAGAGAAACACUCUGGAGGACAGAGCUACGACAGUGUCAACUCGGAUGCCACGUCAGGGAAGGAGAUGAGUGACGGUUACGAGGGGACGUAUGGAGGUAAAGGCGAAGGGAAGGUCCGCAAACACCACCGCAGGUCCACACGCACUCGUUCUCGGCAAGAGAAGAUCAGCAGGCCAAAGCUCAGCAUGCUCAAUGUGUGCAACACCGGCGAUAAGAUGGUAGAGUGUCAGUUGGAAACUCAUAACCACAAAAUGGUCACUUUCAAGUUUGACCUGGAUGGAGAUGCACCGGAAGAGAUUGCUACAUACAUGGUGGAGAAUGAUUUCAUUCUGCCUUUAGAGAAAGAGGUGUUCAUCGAGCAGCUGAAGGACAUUGUGGACAAGGCUGAGGACAUGCUGAGUGAGGACGCCGAGGGUGAGCGGAACUCUGACCAAGGAGGAAGUCCCAAACAGAGUGAAGGUGCUCUGGGAACAGAGGGAUUGAAGGCUUCUGCACCCAGCACACCACAGCUGGUGUACCAGCAAAAUGUCCUGCACACUGGCAAGCGUUGGUUUAUCGUCUGCCCCGUGGCUGAGACUCCUAUUUUAGACAAAGAGAAGACUACAACUCACACCUCUACAGCCCAGGAAUCUGAAAAGUCUGCCUCAUCAUCGGUCAGGCCCAACAGCAACACAACUGCAGUGGCUACCCCAGUCGCAUCUUUAUCCUCCCACAGUCUCUCCUCCUCCUCCUCUCUGCCCCCUGCAGCUCAGAACUCGGUGCAGUCUCUAGAACAAAACAUUGACAAAACCCGGAUCCAGCAGCAUCAGCCCUGUGUAACUAAACAUGUGCUUGCUGCUGCCGGUGCCAGCCAUCACAACUCCCUUCCUGUGGAAGAGCCUUGCAUCUCUGCUGUCUCAUUGGUAACAGACAUGCCAUGUUGCGCUAUUGUGCCACCUGUCUCUCUGGAUGUGAAUGCUGUCGAUAAAGGAGCAGCUAGUGGUUUGACCUCUUCUCAAACUAACCAGCCCAAUCAGAAAACCAGUCCUACUGGAGAACUACCCCCUCAGCUGGCCUCCCAGCAGUCUGUGGUGCUGCAGCAACCAUAUGCCACGCCCAUGCAGCCUGGAACAGUCACCUCCCAGCCCCAAAGUCCAGCACAUCAGAGCUCGCAGGCGGCAAGCCACCAGCAGCCAGCGAGUGGGGGGCCAGGCGAGUCGGACAGUGAGGGACCACGGAGGGUGGAGUUUGCAGACCGCACCAUCAAGACUUUAGACGAGAAGCUGAGAAACCUGUUGUACCAGGAGCAUGCUCCCUCGCAGCCCUCCAGCAGUGCGUCUGACCCCCAGGCCUCCGGCACAGAGGGAGUCGGCUCACCUCCAGUCUCAGACGGCCAGAGCACGGAGGGAGCACCUUCAAAGAAGAAAGGGGAUCCGCUGCCUCAGAUUCCUGAACGCACAGAUGGCGUGGGUGCACUAAGUGACUCUGCAGUGGCAGCCACGAACAGGGUUUUGAACAGAAGAGACGGGACCACUGGCUCCAGUUCAUAUAGCUCUAAAAGCCGUUUUCAAAUCAUCCCCACGCCACCGGAUGUCAUUUGUCGUUUAGAGAAAAGCAAGACUGGUUGCAGCACCUGCAGUUCCACAGCACCCUCUAGUGGUUCCGGUGGAUCUCACGGGCAAACGCAGGGCCCAGGCAGGAAAGAGAAGGACUGCGUGGCUGUGGGAAGAUCUAAUGUGACAGCUGCAGCUGAUUUUGAGAACGCAGGAACAUCCAAACCCCACAUUAGUAACCGUUACUCUGCCCCACCCAACUUCUACCAGGUCACCCCCACUUCCAGCCCUGAUGUCACCCCACGCCAUAUCCCCCGGGCCCAGACCAUGGACACUCCCACCCAUCACAACUACCACCACUCCUCUCAGCUGUACUCUGACUCAGCAGACGAGGACAGCAGCAGCAUAGCCCUUCCUCCAGCCCUCCCCGCUCCCCCAGCUCACGCCCCGUCUGAGCACAGUGGAAGCGACCUCAUGAAGAGGGCAGUGGCCUUCCUGCGGCGCUCUGGCCGGAGCAAAAGUGAGCAGAGCUCUGAUUCGCCGGGCAGACAACCUGUGGCAAUGAAUGGUCAUGCCCCCUCGCCUUCUGCAGGACAUGCCCACUCAUCCUACAUCAGCAGUGACAACGACUCUGAGUUUGAGGACGCAGAUAUGAGGAAAGAACUGCAGAAGCUGAGAGAAAAACACAUGAAGGAGAUCUCUGAGCUGCAGGCGUUCCAGAGGGGUGAGAUCGAGCAUCUGUACACGGAGCUGGGCAAAAUGUUGCCCCCCAAUGUUGGCCUACUUCAUGCUGCACCCCCCAAUGGCCGCAGGCGCAGGGCCAGCAAACACAAGCUGAAGGCUGGAAAACUGCUAAACCCGAUGGUGCAGCAGCUCAAAAACAAUCUCAACACCUCCACAGAGAGGAAAGGUGAGAGUGCUGCCAGCUCUUCAAGCUCCCCGACUAAAAGUUCAGUUCUGUCAGAUGGCUCUGCCCACUCGAGUGGCAGCUCUAGCUCCAGCAACCAUCCCGGUGCUGCCCCAGAGCAGGUCCACACCCAGCAACCCUGUUCCUUGAAGGGAUCUUUCUCCUCGGACAACAUCUACGCUGGACUACACGGUGAUGGAAUCGCCAACCAAGCUGGCCCGGGCCAAGGCUGGACGGUUUACCACCAAACGUCAGAGAGAGUCACCUAUAAAUCUAGUAGCAAACCACGCACUAGAUUCCUCAGUGGACCUGUGUCUCUGUCCAUCUGGUCCACUCUGAAACGACUAUGUCUAGGCAAAGAGCGCAGUAGUAGGUCUUCCCACAACGCCACCACAGCUCAGACAGCCUCCAGUCAGACUCAGCCGUCACUCACCUCAGCCACACCCUCACCCUCUCCCCAGCCAAUCACACAGCUCGCUCAGGUCCAGACCAACAACAGCAACAACAAAAGAGGCACGUUCACCGAUGAUCUUCACAAAUUGGUAGACGACUGGACCAAGGAGACUGUUGCGGCAGCCAAUCAACCGCGCCCCUCCCUUAACCAGAUCAAACAGCAGAGACGCCAGCAAGACCUGGAGGGCAGAGCGCCACCCAUGGGAGCAGCUGCACAAGAGAUGAAAUGCCAUGUUGGUCCCCGCAAGUUCCAGCUGCCUCUUUCCUGCCCCCUGACUGCUGCUUUAUGCCCUGGUAUGCCCACAAACCUAGCUCCCAACUCAGCAAUGCUCCCUCCUGGGUACCUUUUGCCAGCAGGCUCCUAUGGCAGGAUGGCUCCUGGUCCUCUUUACCCCCAGCAGUGGUCUGGCAUGCCAAGUCCCGUAGGGUCCGUGGGUCCUGUAGGCCUGCUUGGUGCUGCAAGAGUGAUGCCCUAUGCCACAAUGGCAAACCAAGGGAUCCAAGCCUACCCUCCGGUCAUGCACGAGCCCGAGAAUGGCCACUGUCCGAAAACCACUAGAACUACCUAAUCUGCUAACUCGCAUUUGUUCAUGUGUACGGGCACGAUUGUCCAACUCCACUGCAUUCUGGUUCAUCAGAGCCACACCUGUACAUAAUCUGAUUGUAAAUAACAUGACGCAAGUGUUGAUAUUCUUUAUACAACACCUAUAUCUGUAGUUACUUUGUGAGUGUGAGUGUACGUAUGUGUGUGCUAUACAGUAUGUGUGUCUGAAUACCUAAUGCUUUUUUGGCUUUGGUUUUGACUAAACUCGGCCAUACAAGACAAUUUGUCUGCAGUCACAAAAAAAAAACAUACAUCACUUUAUUCUUUAUUACUGCAGUUCUCCCGUUGAUUUUUGCCUUUCUCUGUGUUACGUACACGUUAAACACUACAUUGGAAUCCAAAUACCAGUGGUUUGAGAUACAGUAACAUGACAGUAUUUAUGAUGGAGAUAUUUGAAGGAAUGUAGUGCCUUGAACAUUGAUUUAUAGAUUAUUCUUUCUUCUGUGAAACGAAGCAUGUCUGUAUCCAAGUUAUUUUAUUUGAUGGUAGCUUGAGUGCAGUCUUUUUUUUCUUUUUAUGCAUUAAAGACACUUUUUCUUUUUGGUUUACAUAUGAAUGCCCUUGUAGAACUGCACUAUUAACACAGUAUAUGCUCUUAUUUAAAAUAAUAAAAUCAUGUUUUAACCCUUGUUUACUUUCCACCCCUGUGACAGAUGGAAUGCCAUAGUGGUGAGAUGUACCGUUGCCUUGCAGAAACAAAUGGUUAAUGUACGACUGAUGAGAAGGAAAUAAAAUUACGCCAGCAGCCAAAUCCACUCUUUCAGGUCAAAUGGUUCAGUUGGACACAGCCUCUUUUUGAUAGGACAACUGAUGCGUUGGAUAGCACAAGAGUUGGCAGUGCUGUAGCCUUGUGCUCCGAGGAAAGGCGGUGUCCAGAGCCAUAUUUACUGUACAUAGUUCUUUCUACAGUAUAUGCCUCUGGUAGUGUUCUGAUGAGAAUGUAGCAAUUAAUAUGUGAAGGCUUGAGGCUAAAAAGUGCAAUUUAACCCCUCCACAAAGCUUUGAUCGUGGCCUUGCCACAAGCCUUAUCUCUGAUGUGUGCAGAAGGAGCAAGCUGAAAAAUAUGAACAAAGUUACAAAUCACAAAGCGACCGACAAGAAGUUACCUGGCAAAUUAUGAACAUUACAAGCCAACACUGCUAAAUGUUCUUUCAAAUUGGGCUAUCCUAUUACUCCGCAUACACUACGUGAAACGUUUUGUGCAAUCGCCAGAUAAGUCUGAUGUUUUUAAAUUAUUUAAUGUUUAAAGCUUGUUUUUUUUUGGUGCUGCUAUCGUCUGAGGUGAUUCCACUGUACAGUUCAGCAUAUUAUUCACAUAAGAUGGUACUUCAAAUAAAAAAAAAAACCACCUCAAAUUAACUAAUGAGAUGCUCACAAAGCAGUGUUAUUGCCUUGUUGAAAUUGUGAUGUGAUGUGUUUAUUUCCCUUUUUUUUCAGUAAUAUAUUGCAAAAUUCAAAUGAUACUUGAUGCGGGAGAUUUGCACAACAUAUAGUCUCCUUUUAAUUCCAACCUAUGGUAAAGAGUUUCCUACACUGUAUAUGUAUAGUGGGUUUCACCGCCUGUACUUUUUUUUAUCACUGACAAGCAUGGCCAACUUUUCAUGUUCCACAAAGCAAAGAUAAACAAUAAAGCUACAAUGGUUGAAUAUUUCAUAUCUCCACAACACAUUUGAAAGGUUUCAGCACCCCAAUUCUGCCAAGCUGUGAAUUGUACAGUUUUCUUGUAGUUUAUAUUUGUUUGGAUUAUUUAGAGGUUGUGGUGGAGGGGUUGCUUUGAUGUAAAUGAUUCCAUCAAUUCGGAUUGAAUUGGACUUUUAUAGGAUAUUAUGCAGAGUCUUCUGCUUUGGUGAAAUACUUCCAGUAGUAAGAGAUUUCUGUUCUCUGUCACUUGUAUCUGGUUUUGUUCCACCUCCUUCGCUGCUAACUCAUGGAGAGCAGAGGAAGGAUUUAACUAUUGUUGGCAUAUUCAUUUGGAUGCAGUGAUCAAACGGAGGAGCAGAGAAGAAAAGAGGAGGAGGUGAAGAAGGAGGAACAGUCCUGACUCUUCCUACUCUGCUCAUCUCACUUCUCUCUGUACAACAUUGCCCCCUAGUGAAUAUGCUCGAUUAUCAAAGGCUUGUAUUCAAACUGUGGGAUUGCCUCUGCCUGCUGUAUGUCCCACUGCAUUACCCCACCCUACCCUGCUGCACUCUAAUCACAGACAAUGUUGAGAGCGAGAAAUAAAUAUUAUUUUGUGCUUGA